CUCAUUGUAAGACUAUUGUUUGAAAAAACUAAAAAAGACAGAAUAUUCAUCAUAGUUUUGAACUGUCUCAAAUGUAUUUUCAUUGAAGUAGUUCUUGGUGAUUUUGGAAACAUUUGAAUGACAACUCCUAAACAGGCCUGAGCUGCUCUGAAUCAAUCAAUUAGUUCUGCGCUUAUCGGCUCCAAGAAUCUCAACCUGCCAGACCGGCGAAAUUAAGUUGUUGUUUCCUUGUUUUGUUGUACAGUGCAGGGGAACCCUGAAGCCAAGGAGUCCAUGGAUCCUGGCAGCGGGACUCCCGGUGCGCCCCCUUCUUCUGAAGCCGCCGCUGCUGCGGAGAGGUCAAUCCGCAGGACAGAAGUGGGCCUGUCUCCUUCGGUUCAAGGCGCAGGAUGGCUCUCUUCCCCGCUGUGGAAUCCCCGCUCCAAAGCCAAACAAGCGGCCAAGCUGGGAGGCGAAAUAUACAGCGACGGAGCGUGGCUGGAUGACCACUCGGAUUUUACCAGCGCCUACUUUUCACGCAGGGCAAUUAGUGAUCCUCAUGCAGAGAUGGCACCGAGGUUGCUAAAGAGCACGGGAAACCUUGACAUCAUCUCCCACAAGGACAGAUGUGACUCCCAGGCUUCCCAUGACGGUCAUAAUCCGCAAACGACGGCUCCUCAUCGCAGAGCGUCUGUUACCCUUACUCCAUAUCUCAGUGCCCCUGAGCGGAUGGAUCACUCCUCUGGCCUUUCAUUUUCUCCCUGCCCUCCCGUUUGCCUUUGCUCCAACAAGUUGCCCUUGGCUCCUUCUAUUCAGCCUUCAAUGGAGCAAAAGAGUGUGUCCUGUGGCCUUGGCGAGGGCUGCCCGUGGCUGAUAGGGCUCCUGGGAGAAGGGUUGAGAUGCAUGGGCUCUGUAGCAGAGCUCUGUCAGGAAGCUCUCAACCAUGCUGGGGAGCUGCUGGCUGCUGAGGGCGCUACACUUUCCCUUGUUAGGAAAGUCUACGAUGGAGGAAGUGAUUUAGAGGAGGUGAUAGCCUUAACAGCAAUUGGGUGCAAUCGGGCACAUCAGAAACAAUUGCAAAGUGUCAUGGAGCUGGCUUUGGCUACAGGUUCACCAAUAAACUUGAGAGAUGCUCAUAAGGACCCCAGGUUCAAGGUAGAUAGUGAUCAGCGCUCAACGAUUAGGACAGUUCUGAGUGUUCCUCUCAUGAACCACAGACGAGAGGUGUUUGGUGUGGUGAUAAUGGUCAACAAAAGGAAUGGAUCUGGUUACCAUUCUGCUUUCACCACCGUGGAUGAAAAGGUGCUGUCAAAUCAUAUGGAUGUGUUGGGAAUGGUUCUGGAAAACAUUCAGCUGUAUGAGAGCUCAAGGCAAGAGGCUAAGCGCAGCCAGGCUCUGGUAGAAAUGGCACAGGUGCUAUCAAAGAAGCAUCAUUCAUUUGAAGUUCUUUUGAGCAAGAUGGCUGCCACAAUCAUGCCUUUCACACAUGCGCAGUACUGCACCAUCUUCAUCCCCAGUGAUCUAAACUCAGUCUCGAAGGAUCAGAUUGUAUUCUCAUGUGUGAUACACUUGGAGUGUGAAGAGCUUGGAGCAACUUGCCAAAUCUACAGAAGGUAUUUUCUACACAGAAUAAAACUACAAUUUAGCUCCUUUUUAUUUUUAUGUUUUAGUUAUAAAACUCAUAUGUUUAUAUUUUGUAGGGAGCAUGACAUCAGUGAUAUAGAUCCAUCACACGCCUGUCAAACAAUGAUCGCUAUGGAAACUCUUAAUAUGGCAAAGAGCACUGUUGAAUCAGAGAGGAGCAUCAUUUGCUGCCCUGUAAGAAAUGAAAGGUCGGAAAACGUCAUUGCUGUGUGCCAGCUGAUGAACAAACGGACUAGAGACUCUGAUGAACUGGAGCCCUUUAACCGAUAUGAUGAGCGACUCUUGGAGGACCUGGGUGUGUAUUGUGGCCUGGCCUUACAGUAUGCUCACACUGUCAAGAUCACUGAGGCGCGGAGGGCCAGUAUAGAAGUCACAGAGGAGGUUCUUGCCUACCACAUUACUGCAGCAGAACAGGACAUUAAGGCACUGCAGGAGGCCCCGAUUCCUUCAGCGGAAUCACUGAAUAUUUUGGACUUCCGUUUCUCUGAUUUUGGCCUACCAGAAGACGCCACCACUCAGGCCACCGUUCGAAUGUUUCUGGACCUGAAUUUGCUGCAGGACUUUAACAUUGAUUACAAGAGCCUUUGUCAGUGGGUCCUGACAGUGAGACGUGGCUACAGGAGCAACGUUCCUUAUCACAACUGGAGUCACGCACUGAGCACUGCUCAAAGCAUGUUUGCUAUGCUCAUGGCCACAGAUCAGCUGCAGAGCAUUUUUUCUCGCCUGGAGAUCUUAGCACUGAUGAUAGCCACCCUGAACCAUGAUAUCGACCACAGAGGAGUUAGUAACUCCUACAUAGAAAGGUCCCAGCAGCCUCUAGCUCAGCUGUACGGCCACUCGUCUUUAGAGAACCACCACUACAACCUGUGCAUCUUCAUUCUAAACAACACUGGGAGCCAGAUCCUCAGCGGCCUGUCAGUGGAGGACCACAGAGCUGUACUGCACAUGAUCAAAAGGGCAAUCCUUGCCACUAACCUUAAUGUCUACAUGCAGAGAAGAGGGGAGUUUAUUUCUCUUGGUGAGAAAAGCUGGGUGAACUGGAGGAGUGAGAAACAAAGAGAUUUGCUGAGAUCGAUGCUUAUGACUGCAAGCGACCUAUCGGCUAUCACAAAGCCUUGGCCUGAGCAAAAACGGAUCGCCAACCUUGUUGCCAUGGAGUUCUUUGCACAAGGGGACAAAGAGAGAGAGGAGUUUAAAACUAAACCGAUCGACAUAAUGGACAGAGAAAACAGCACACGUCUUCCGUACAUGCAGGUUGAAUACAUCGAUGAGAUCUGCUUCCCCCUAUACAAGGCCGUAUCAAAGUUAUUUGACAGCUGCUCUCCAUUGCUGAAUGCUUGUGAAAGAAACAGAAAAAACUGGUUGCAUCUUGCUGAAGGCACACAGGGAGAAAAGCUUGAAGACGACUGCAGUUUACGCUUGGAAACUCAUACAAAUGAAGAAGAGGAGACAGCAAGAGGAAGAGAACAAUUGUCAGAAGAAAAAGACGGCUGACGUUUUGAAGCAGGACAAAAUUUUCUCUUGCAGUUUUUUUUGGUUUUUUUUCUGGACUUAUUUAACUAAAAAUGAAUCUGGAACCCAUGGUCAGUAAGCUUAUUUUUAUUGCUGAAGAUACACCAAAGUCAACAUUGAGCUUGUUGUUUAACACACGCCAGUCAAUUUAAAUGUCUUUCUGAACUGUUUACUUUAAUAAUUUCUUAAUUUAAACAUUAUUUCUGUGUUUAUUCAUAGUGCUCAUGAGAUUAGUAAUCUGCAAAAUAUGUUGUGAGCAUAAAACAAUAAUUUGCUAUGUAUUGUUUUGUUUUUUUACAUUAAGUUACUAUUUUUAUAUGUGCUAUGUACUUUUAUGCACUUGUAUAGAGAUCUAUAUACUUGCCCCCACCAAAAAAAAGAAGAAAAAAAUCAAAGGCCUACUAGUCGUUAGUAAAAUGCGCAAAAAACUUUCUUGUCCAGCUACAUACUUAUGUAAGCAUAUACAUGUUCACAUUCACUCAGAAGGCACUUACCUUAGUAUUCAGGGAUUGUCCAAGUGUGGGAUAUAGGAGGACGUAGACAUCUGCAUCCCCCCACCAACUAAAUGGCUCUUUUUGGUAAUGUUUUAGUUGUCACUAUGCUUAUUUGUUUAAAUCAUACUUAACAUGUUUUUGUACAGUUUUAUUUUUUUAACUUUUUAUUUAUCUAGCCGGAAAUGUCUCAGGGUUUGAUUUCAGUAAUCUAGUCGCCUUAUUAUUAUAAGUCAUUUUAACUUUCUGAAUGAAUGACAAAAAAUAUUAAACUUUUUCCCAAUAUUGUAUUUUUUUUUUUUCAGCUCUACCUGCAGAUAUAAAUAUGUUUUAAUUUAUUCAUUCUCUCUCUCCUGGUGCAGUGUUUUUGCAGUCCUCCAACCUAAAUUCUGAGCGUAAUAUAAAAAUAAUUAGUGAUGAAGAAAUGCAAAAGGUUAAUAUUAAUUUGGAUGUUGAUAAUAUAUAAAUGUGUCUGUUAGUGAAGCCACCUUAGGUGCAUCUUGAAAAUCUAUCCAAAGGAAAAA